AUGUCUAGAAGUCAGUUUGGACAGGGGCAGAAACCUCUAGACAUGUUUUUCUGGGUGAACGAGAUAAGUGGAGAAAUCACCUACCCCCCGCAGAAGGCAGAUGCACCUGCGGUUUCUCCUGAGAGACCUCAAGAGAAGCCCCCAUCUCAGCCCAGGAGUGUGCAGGGGGCUCCUUGCAGUCCCCAGGGCCCACCUGCACAGAGGCCUGCCCCUGCACCUCCACCUAAGGCUUCUCUGAAACACUCAGGUGCAAGAAACCCCCACCCAUCCGCACCGACCUGGGCCAGGCCAAAGCCGGAGGAGGGAGGAGCCCCCCACGGUUCUCAGCAAUCCCUGUCACCAUCUCAUCACCAGGAGGGACUCUGCCCAUACUCGGGCCCCUGGGACCAGCCCCUCAGCCACCGGUCUCCACCUUUCCUGUCAGCCCUUCUGCCCACUAGGCCUUCACCUACAAGCUGAAAAAUGUCCCUACUAAAAAUAACUGGUUUUCGCUUUGAAUCUUAAGAGAAUUUGGUCACGGUCUUUAAUCACCUUCCUGAGCCACCUGUGGGCAGAGCGGCCCCACUUGUACACCAGGCUCUGCAGGCCCCAUCUGCCUUCCCCGGAAGCGCAGGCCUCACCCCAGGGGUCUCACAGAAAUGCCC